CAUAAGCAUUCCGGAGUCAGAGUCAGGGCCGGGGAGGCUGCCUGGCCGCCUGCCGUUGCCCCUUUCUUUGGCUCGGGCCUCUCUCUCAGCCCGGGGCCCUCGCCGCCAAGCCCUCGUCACCGCUGCCUGAGGAGGCGGGGCUCGGGCCGGCUCUGGAUGGUGGCGAGAAUGAUCAUAGAAAACUUCGAGGCGCUGAAAUCGUGGCUCAGCAAGACCUUGGAGCCCAUAUGUGAUGCAGACCCAUCAGCUCUAGCUAAGUAUGUUCUUGCUUUGGUAAAGAAGGAUAAAAGUGAGAAAGAACUGAAGGCAUUAUGUGUUGAUCAGUUGGAUGUGUUUCUUCAAAAGGAGACCCAGAUAUUCGUAGAAAAACUUUUUGAUGCUGUGAAUACAAAGAGCUACCUACCUCCACCAGAGCAGCCGACAUCGGGAAGCCUGAAAUCAGACUUUUUUCAGCAUCAAGAAAAAGAAACAAAGAAGGAAGAGGUCAUUAAAGAGGAAGAACGAGAGAAAAAGUUUUCUAGAAGACUAAACCAUAGUCCCCCUCAGUCAAGUUCACGCUAUCGAGAAACCAGAAGCAGGGAUGAAAGAAAGAAAGAGGAGCGUUCUCGCAAGAGAGACUACGACCGGAAUCCCCCACGAAGAGAGUCCUAUAGAGACCGCUACAACAGAAGAAGGGGGCGGAGCCGGAGCUACAGCAGGAGUCGCAGUAGAAGCUGGAGCAAGGAGAGGCUGCGGGAUCGAGACCGCGACAGGAGCAGGAGUCGAAGUAGAAGUAGAACAAGGAGCAGAGAAAGGGAUAUAGGGAAACCAAAAUAUGACUUGGACAGAACAGAGCCAUUAGAAAACAACUAUACUCCUGUUUCUUCUGUAACAAACAUUUCAUCCAGCCAUUACCCUGCCCCUACACUAAGUAGCACUAUAACGGUUAUCGCUCCUGCUCACCAUGGAAAUAAUACUACUGAAAGUUGGUCAGAUUUUCAUGAAGAACAAUUAGACCACAAUUCCUAUGGGAGACCUCCACUGCCAAAGAAACGUUGCAGAGACUAUGAUGAAAAGGGUUUCUGUAUGAGGGGAGAUAUGUGUCCAUUUGAUCAUGGAAGCGACCCUGUAGUUGUAGAAGAUGUGAACCUUCCAGGCAUACUGCCUUUUCCAGCGCAGCCCCCGGUUGUUGAAGGACCACCCCCUCCAGGACUUCCUCCACCGCCUCCUAUUCUUACUCCUCCUCCUGUAAAUCUUAGACCGCCUGUUCCACCUCCAGGCCCUUUGCCACCCAGCCUUCCACCUGUUACAGGACCACCACCUCCUCUCCCACCUUUGCAACCCUCUGGUAUGGAUGCUCCCCCAAAUUCUGCAACUAGUUCCGUUCCUACAGUUGUAACAACCGGUAUUCAUCACCAGCCACUGCCUGCUCCACCCCCCCUUUUUACAGAAACAUAUGACACAGAUGGCUAUAAUCCUGAAGCACCAAGUAUAACUAUCACUUCAAGGCCCAUGUAUAGACACAGAGUGCAUGCCCAAAGACCAAAUUUGAUAGGACUUACAUCAGGCGAUAUGGACCUGCCACCAAGAGAAAAACCUCCUAAUAAAAGCAGCAUGAGGAUAGUGGUGGAUUCUGAGUCCCGAAAAAGAACUAUUGGUUCAGGUGAUGGAAUUCCAGCAAAGAAGAAUUGGUUUGACAAGCAAAACUUUAAUAGAACAAGCAGUCCUGCUUUCCAGAAGAAGGUGCAGUUUGGAAAUGAAAAUACUAAACUUGAAUUGAGGAAAGUUCCUCCAGAGCUUAACAAUAUCAGCAAACUAAAUGAGCACUUCAGCAAAUUUGGAAAUUUAGUAAAUUUGCAGGUUGCUUAUCAGGGAGAUCCAGAAGGUGCCCUUAUCCAGUUUGCUACCCAUGAGGAGGCAAAGAAAGCUAUAUCGAGCACAGAAGCAGUAUUAAAUAAUCGCUUCAUCAAAGUCUAUUGGCAUAGAGAAGGCAGUGCUCCACCAAUGUCAACUUCAGUACAGAAGGUAAUGCAGCCUUUAGCUCAACAGCCCAUUUUACCUGUUGUGAAGCAGUCUGUCAAGGAACGAUUAGGUCCAGUACCUGCCAGUAACAUUGAGCCUGCUGAAGCUCAGAGUGCCAGUACAGAAGCUGUUCAGAAUGUAACAAAACUAUCUGUGAAGGAAAGGCUGGGCUUUGUACCUAAACCACAUGCUCCAACCACUGAAAAGGUGUUGUCUACUUCUACUGGCUUGACAAAAACAGUGUAUAACCCAGCUGCUUUGAAAGCAGCGCAGAAAAUGUUGCCUGUUGUUAACAGUUCCAUGCUAGAUUCUAGUGAAGCACAGAAGAAAAAACAGGAGGCACUAAGACUUCAGCAAGACGUGAGAAAGAAAAAGCAAGAGAUUUUAGAAAAGCACAUUGAAACACAAAAGAUGCUGAUUUCAAAACUGGAGAAGAAUAAAACGAUGAAAUCGGAGGACAAAGCUGAAAUCAUGAAAACUCUGGAGACCUUGACUAACAGCAUUACCAAGUUAAAGGAUGAAUUGAAAGGGGUCUCCACUCCAGCAAGCACUCCACUGAAAAACAUGAAAACAAAAACACAGAUGCAAAAAGAACUACUGGACACUGAAUUGGACUUGUAUAAGAAGAUGCAAGCAGGCGAAGAAGUCACUGAACUAAGACGAAAGUACACAGAACUGCAGCUUGAAGCUGCGAAACGAGGAAUUUUGUCCUCGGGUCGUGGGAGAGGAAUUCAUACACGAGGUCGCGGUGCGUCUCGCGGCAGAGGCAGGGGAGGACGAGGCCGGGGUCGGGGAAGAGGUGCUCCUAUCCAUGCCGUGGUGGAUCACCGUCCAAGGGCACUUGAAAUCUCUGCUUUUACAGAGAACGACCGAGAAUAUCUCCUUCCUCAUUUUGCGCAAUAUGGUGAAAUUGAAGACUGCCAGAUAGAUGACUCUUCUCUCCAUGCAGUGAUUACUUUCAAGACGAGAGCAGAAGCCGAGGCAGCUGCUAUCCACGGAUCUCGAUUCAAAGGGCAGGACCUGAAGUUGGCCUGGAACAAGCCAGUCGCAAAUAUCUCAACCAUGGAAACAGAGGAGACCGAACCAGAUGAAGAGGAAUUUCAGGAAGAAUCCCUGGUAGAUGACUCAUUGCUUCAAGAUGAUGAUGAAGAAGACGACGACAAUGAAUCUCGUUCUUGGAGAAGAUGAUUCAGAGGAUUACUGAGAAUGCUAGAACUGUUCCUGUGUUGCAUUAGCAUUUUCUAAUGUACUUUUGCAUAUUUGUACUUCGAGGAGUUUGGGUGAAAGUGGUGAAUUUGGAUUUCAGAUAAGACUCAAGCAGCUGAUUGGUCCCGUCUUUUGAGUGAUUGACGUUCGAGUUGCAUUUACAUUUCGGUAAAUGAUUGCUAAAGACAUCAUAUUAGGAACAUAUGCAAUGUUUUUAUUACUCCUACAGAAACAUUACGGAAUUCUUUGGGUUCUUUGUAAUUUAAAGAAUUGGUCACACAACCAGAUGAGCAAGAGUUGUUAUAACAUAAGAUUUUUGUUUUGUUUUGUUCCAAGUAUGGAAUGGAAAUUUGCAUUUAAGAUCUUUGUGAAUGUUUUCAGAAAUAAUAAUAGAUACCAUUACUAAACUGAAGUCUCUAAAGUUACGUAUUCAUAAUAUUGCAUAGUAGUAUACUUAGGCUUUACUAUGUACUAGCCUUUUGUUGGAUUUGUGUACGUAUUUUACGUAUGAGUUUUAAUGAUACAGUGUAUGACUGCUUUGCAUAUAUCUCCUUAUCACUUUAAGAUGUUUAAAAAAAUAAAGAGAUGGAAUGGUCUUGGGGAAAAAAGCAAAAAAAAAAAAAAAGA